AGAGUCAAGAGAAAGCAGCAUCACGACAAGCAAUCUGCUCUGCAAGCAAUCGGACCCGGGACUGUACUGGCAAACCCGCGAUUCUCAAGGUACGGGACUGCUUCAUGACCUAGCAAGACCACCCCUCAAUCAACCAAAUCCGCUAUUGCGCUUCGACCUUUGCUUACUUGCUCAACAUACAGUUAGCUACCACGAUUGUCGAUAUUCACUACCUAAAUCCUCACAUCUCGAGUACCUAUCUGCCGCCUUAGCAUAACUUUCUAUCGACUCUUGUCUCCGAGCACGUCCUGACAAACUCCCCGUGGCUCGUGGACGUCAACACCCCCAGAACACAUUACUCCUGAAAGCGCCAUAGAUCUGGCUACGGUCUCAUCCUUUUAGGUCUCAAUCUUGGUAGAUGCUCGGAAGUCCCCAGCAAACCUAUGUGCCAACGAAGAAAGAUCCGAUCCCCGCUCUCGAAACCCCCUACAUAAACCGUCCUAGGUUUCUACACUCUUCUACGGCUUGCGCUCGGUAUUUGGAGCCAACGCCGCUGCUCCCUCUGUCCGCGGUGGAUUUAGAUGGCAGAUGCUUAUAGAUUCCCACAGCAGAGUGCUGGGAGUUUCUAUUUCCCACAACACGCGCAACAGCAUCAUCAAAGACAGCAGAUCAUUCGCAACAAUACCCCACCCAAUAACAUUAGAUCCGCCUUCAACGCCGAUACUCCAUCUCCUUCGAGGUCUCCAGACCCCCACUCACCGGCACCAAAUCUAUACGGGAUGUUCAAUCAAGGCCAUCAGCAAGGUCAGCAUGGCCGAGUCAACGGAGGGCCAGGGCGAGGGAUGCCAAUGAUGUACAACCACCAACAUCAGAAUAAUCAACAGCAUUAUCAACAUCAUAGCAAUCUUCAGCAAGAUCAUGCCACACAUACGACCAAUGGUGCGAUUCUGGGUGGCCAUCACAGUAACUUCUCGGGUGUGAUAUCCUCAGCCACUCCAAGCUUUACACCAAAUGCUUUGCAGAAUGGACACUCGGCAACAACACGUGGAGGCCAGGCAGUACAGAUCAACGAGCAUUGGGCGAAGCAAUUGGAAUUACAUAAGGAAUCCGAAAAGGCACAUGCACAUAUGCAAGACGGAGCUCCAAAUCACUUUGCAAGACUCAAGGCCGGGGAAAACAAAGGUAUAGCGCCAACAGCUGCACCAGAUCCAGACGCGCAAGAAAGCGCUGAAACCAACCUCGGCCGCAUGUCCAACCAAGCCACGAAACAACGACAAGAAUGGUUCAAUUUAGAUCUUAGUGGUCAGGGAAUCAAAGUGCUCGCUGAACCAGUCUUCAGAUACGACUUCUUGAAACAGCUAUACGUUGCAUCAAACAAGCUUACGAGGUUACCUCCUUCGAUUCGUCAUUUACGGUCCCUCCAACAUCUUGAUGCCUCAAACAACCAGUUGACUGAACUACCUCCGGAGUUGGGCAUGUGUGUGUUUUUGAAAAAUCUACUGGUGUUCGAUAACUCGAUACAGACACUUCCAAACGAACUUGGGUCUUUGUUUCAUUUGGAGAUGUUGGGCAUUGAAGGAAAUCCGCUGGCAGCAGACCUGAAGCAAGAAGUAAUGGAACGUGGUACACAAUCACUAAUAGAGCUUCUUCAAAACCAGACACCAAUUCCCAUGCCUCCUAACUCCCGUGAAAUUGUUGAGCUGCAAGAAGGUGAAGCCAACCCCAACCAAGAGAGAUUCAAAGUCUACUCUUUCAACAUCCUAUCCGAUCAAGCAUGCACUCGAAAGAUGUAUGGAUACAGCGCAAUACAGGCUCUGGACUGGGAAUAUCGAAAGGACCAAAUCCUCGCAGACAUUCGAAGCAACGACGCGGAUUUUGUGUGCUUGCAAGAAGUGGAUACGGAAACUUUUGGGGAAUUUUUCAGCGUGCAACUAGCCUACAACGAAUACAAGGGCAUCCACUGGCCCCGAACUCGCGCGAAAAUCAUGUCAGAGAAGGAUGCUAAAAUGGUCGAUGGUUGUGCAACCUUCUUCAAGUCGAACAAAUACAUCCUCCUCGACAAGCAGCUCAUAGAUUUCAAGAGUGUCGCGAUCAAUCGGCCGGAUAUGAAGAAUCAACAUGACAUCUUCAACAGAGUUAUGCCAAGAGACCAUAUUGGUGUUGUGACUUUCUUCGAGAACAGACAAACUGGAUCACGCUUGAUCUUGGUCAAUACCCACUUGUUCUGGGAUCCUGCCUAUGCGGAUGUCAAGUUGGUGCAGAUGGCAAUCUUAAUCAGUGAGGUCAGCAGACUCGCUGAGAAGUAUGCGACUUGGCCAGCCUGCAUAGAUAAAAAGGCAUUUGUUUUAGCGGAUGAGAAUGCGGAUCAAGACGCGAGUCCAGUGCCAAUCCCACAACCAUCGAAAGAAUACGCAAAUAAGAGUGCUAUACCGCUGGUAAUUUGCGCUGAUCAAAAUUCAACACCGGAUUCCAGCGUGUUCGAGCUGCUGUCCAAGGGAGCUGUCAGACCGAACCAUCCCGAGCUUGGAGGGCGUUCUUACGGAAACUUCACCAAGGAGGGCGGUGGUAUCGAACACCCAUUCUCCCUGAGAUCAGCAUAUACCAACCUCGACAAGACUCCCGAGGCGGUACCGUUCACUAAUUACGUGCCAACCUUCAAAGGUAUCAUCGAUCAUAUUUGGUAUGCGACCAACGCUCUGGAAAACAUAUCCCUUCUUGGACAAGUCGAUCCUGAAUACAUGAAGACGGUUCCUGGUUUCCCCAACUACCAUUACCCCAGUGAUCAUUUGUCGCUCAUGGCGGAGUUCGCCGUCAAGGGCAGUAAGCCGAAACAGAAGCUACUCACGGAACCGGACUUUGGCCCCUCAAGUCGGAAUAAUGAUCGUAGGCGGAACUAGGCCAUAAUCAAUAGACAGAAAAGGAGUUUUUCAUGGUUCAUCAAGGGCUCUGCUUGGAAAUGCACAAAUGGAAGCUGGAAGGGAAAUGGAGUGGUUGAAAUCUGGUAUCUGCAUUGUGAAUGAUCUCUCUCUUUGCUCUCGUUGUAUCAUCGGCGGUGGGAAGGGCUGGUGUUUGGUUUGUCUCUCUGUCUCUCGGGUAGGCAGGCGAGGCGAGAUGGAAUGGAUGGAUGGCAACAUGCAUUGGGAAGGAAAGAAGGGGUUCACUAGGAAAUCCUUCUGGGUUGAAUGCGAAGCGUUCGUCUUCUUUUGUGUUUGUUCACUGCGUAUCUCUGCCUGCUGCUACUGCCUUCCGCCUGUCUCUCCGGUUUGAGGUCUAGUAGAGUAUGGAGAGAAGUCGAAUGGAUAGGCGGAUUUGAAACUUGAGGUAUUAGCAAGGGUGUAUGUGUGGCCAAGUGUGGUGUGGUGUUUUGAUAGGUGGCGUUUUCAUUCUGUUUUUGUUGUUUUACUGCGCGGUUGUUUACCGCCUUGCAUUUACGAGGAGAUUCGUUCGAUUGAUAGAAUGGAUUCUUUCUCGAGAUUUUGACUAUUGCACCCCUUGACUGUGAUAUCUUUCCUUGAUGUUUUAUUCCAAUUCAAACCGAUAAAGCAAUUGAUCAUCGCCGUUCAUCUUCGAAUCAUAGUCACUCUCUCGGCUCGAAUACUAC